AAUCCUGCUUCCCGUUCAGGCGAGAUGGCUCCCGUACUCUGAGGCUGGCUGGGAAAGAGGCAGCGAUAGCAUCAUAAACAGCAGCAGCAAGGAGCAGAUCUUCCCAACGCAGACCGGCACGGAUCAAGGAUGGACCACCCCGAGGACCUCUCAUGGUGGACUCUCUCGUAGAUCCGGAAUGGCGCACGUCAGGCCGAGUGUCACGAUGCAUCCGUUCGGCAUCCUCUCUCUGCUCCCGAGCAUCGUGUCGGGAAGAUAAACGGCGCUUCUGUCCCCUCGAGGGGAGGAGGAGGUUGGAGCUCCCAGAGAACGACAGAAGGGGGAGAAUAAAACAAAUCCAUCAGAAAGUUUUCCCCAGCCUCCAGGACCAGUUCGGACCAGGUCAGGGGCUAGAUGUGGCGUUGGCUGGUCACCCCCGGCUGGGGCCGGACUCCGAGGAGACCGAGUCUGGGGCUCGGCUGAGGAGACCAGACAGCAGCCAGGAGGCCGGCGAAGCCAGACCCAUGCUGAUGGUAUUCUGCUCUCCUCUUCAUGCAGUGCUGUAGGGGGAGAGUACAGGUCUCCUACGGUUCGGCGGACUCGUACACCAGCCGGCCGUCGGACUCGGAUGUGUCUCUGGAGGAGGACCGGGAGGCCUUGCGCAGAGAGGCCGAGCGCCAGGCCCAGGCGCAGCUCGAGAAGGCCAAGUCCAAACCCGUUGCCUUUGCCGUGCGGACCAACGUCAGCUAUAGCGCAGCCCACGAUGACGACGUCCCUGUCCCGGGUAUGGCCAUCUCGUUCGAAGCGAAAGAUUUUCUUCACGUUAAAGAAAAAUUUAACAAUGACUGGUGGAUAGGACGCUUGGUCAAAGAAAGCUGUGAAAUAGGAUUCAUUCCAAGUCCAGUCAAAUUAGAAAACAUGCGACUUCAACAUGAACAAAGAGCGAAACAAGGAAAAUUUUACUCCAGUAAAGCAGGAGGAAACUCUUCGUCCAGCUUGGGGGACGUCAUACCUAGCUCCAGAAAGUCCACCCCGCCGUCGUCCGCCGUAGACAUAGAUGCCGCCGGCUUAGAUGCGGAAGAAGGCGACACUCCAGCCAACCAUCGCUCCCCUAAGCCCAAUGCAAACAGUGUCACGUCUCCCCACUCCAAAGAGAAACGAAUCCCCUUCUUUAAGAAGACGGAGCACGUUCCUCCGUAUGACGUAGUGCCUUCCAUGAGGCCGGUGGUAUUAGUGGGACCGUCCUUGAAGGGCUAUGAGGUGACAGACAUGAUGCAGAAAGCCCUCUUUGACUUCUUGAAACACAGAUUCGAAGGCCGGGUCUCCAUCACCAGGGUCACGGCGGACAUCUCGCUUGCCAAACGGUCGGUGUUGAACAACCCCAGUAAGCACGUGAUAAUUGAGCGGUCCAACACCAGGUCGAGCUUAGCCGAGGUCCAGAGCGAGAUCGAGAGGAUCUUCGAGCUGGCGAGGACGCUGCAGUUGGUCGUGCUGGACGCCGACACUGUCAACCACCCGGCGCAGCUGAGCAAAACGUCCCUGGCUCCCAUCGUGGUCUACGUCAAGAUCUCUUCGCCCAAGGUUUUACAGAGGCUGAUCAAAUCUCGUGGGAAAUCGCAAGCUAAACACCUCAACGUCCAAAUGGUCGCCGCUGAGAAACUGGCACAAUGCCCUCCGGAGCUGUUUGACGUGAUCCUGGACGAGAACCAGCUGGAGGACGCGUGCGAGCACCUGGCGGACUUCCUGGAGGCCUACUGGAAGGCCGCCCACCCCCCCGGCAGCCCCCCGGCCCACCCGCUGCCCGGCCCCACGCUCUCCGGCAGCCCCGGCCCCGUCUCCGCGCCUCAGCCAGGAGAGGAGAGGAUCCAGCCCCCGGGCCCGGGGUCGGCCCGCCAGGGCCAGCACCGCCCGUCCUCCGGCCGGCGCCCAGAUCACCACCACCACCACCACCACCACCACCGCGGCCACGGCUGUUCCCGCCAGGAGCCGUCGGGCCCGGAGCCGCGGGGCGGCCGGGCCGGGGCCCCCGAGGAGGCGCGGGACGAGCCGCCCCGCGGGCCCCGCCGGGACCACGGCCGCAGGGACGAGGUGCGACGCCACCCCGAGCGGGACCACGAGGGCGGCCGGCAACGCGGAGGCCGCCACAAGUCCAGGGACCGGGACGGGCGACGCGGCCAGGCCGCGGACGCCGGCGGACGCCAGUAGCCUCCAGCCCAACCCGGGCCCCGGGCCUGGGGGACAGGCCGCGGAAUCCCGCUCUGGAAACUUGCCGCCUCCGGCUCGCGUGGGAGGAUCAGCCCGGUAGGCCGUGGCGGUGGUCUCGGACUCGUUUCUUGUUUUUAACUCGGCCUUCGGUGGCCCCACUCGACCCACGUCCGUGGCCACCCCGGCAGCGCAAGGUGUUGAAAGCCCGGCGUCGUCGACGUUCAGUAACGCGCGUAGCCGUCCAGCCGGGACACGACUCCCUCGUAGCCCGCCCCCGAUUUCCGACGUGUGUCCGCCACCCCCCGGUCCGCUCCCCUUCCCCCUCCUCCCCCAACCCUGCCUGUCGUUUCGUCCCCUCGGGGUCACCGAGCUCUGGGGACCGGGAUUCGGUGUUGCCUUACACGAAGGAGAUCAGGAAGUCCAAGUCGAUUUUCUAUGUAUUGGUACUGUGUACUGUCUAUACAGUUUGUAAAUGUUAUUUCCGCAAACCACCUUCCGACUAUAGGAGUUUUUGCCCACGAUCUUUUAGAACCCUGAUGCCGGGUCAGCAGAUCUGCUUUGGAAUUCCUCAUUCGGGAAAUUGGGAACGGUCUCCGGACACCUCUCCCUU